AUGGAGGAUGAGGACGCCGUUGAAGAGGAGUGCAUGGCCUUGGAGGCCAUUUUCAUGGGCAAUUUCGCCCGUCUGGACGACAGACGGAUAAGAAUUAUCAUCGAGCCACCGUCCGACGAAGGGGAGCAGCCGCAAGGAAUGUCUCUGUAUCUUGAAUUGAGCUUCCCAGAUGGGUACCCUGCAGUUGCGCCUGUGUACGACUUAUCCAACACCAACAAUGUUGCCUUCAGCAAUAGUGUGCGCAGUAGGCUGCUCACUGGCCUUACUCAGCAGGCAGAGGAAUUACUGGGGGAGCAGAUGGUCUACAACCUUGUGGAGUGGGUGCGUGAUACCUUGCCAAACAUCGUGCAGGAAGAACAAGACAGUGAGGUGCACAAGACACUGGACCCAGAAGAACGAGCACAACCAAGCACGAAACCAGAAAAGGAGCGAAAAGAGAAGAUGACAAAGGCCCAGAAGCGACGGUACUAUGAUAAGUACGGUGCUGUGGAGGAAAAGCCCAGGGGCUGGAAUUGGGUGGAUAUCAUAAGCCACCUAUCAAAGAGGCCGAUGCAGGCUGACACAUAG